AUGUCGUUGCUCAAACAGAUGCUCAACUUGGCGUCGACAUCUUUUCUGAUGCAUGAAAGAGCAGCUAUCUCGAGCACACUGCUCGUUUCACCCCAACAGUUAUUCUUUCGCCGUUAUCGUUCCAUGACCAAUUCCAAUUCGUUUAUUCUUCUGAUAUUACUCUUUUUACACGCUCAGUUAGCGUCGUCAAUCACAUCUACAGUCAAAUUGCCUUUUAAUGUAAUUCUCGUAUUACCUGAAAAAGAAUCGAAUAAUGAUAAAUUUGGCAUCACAAUGGACAAGGCAAAGCCCGUUGUUGAAAUUAGUGUUGAAGAUGUGGUUAAAGCUGGCUGGAUGCCUCGAAAGUUCAUUAACUUUACGUACCAUGACUCAAGGUAUUGGGAGGAUGCGAUUCUAGCCGAGCGUUGGGCAACGGUUGGAGUGGUUGAUGCAUAUUGCGCAGGGCGUUUGGAUGCAAUCUUGGGAUUCGCAGAUAGUUACAGCUUAGCCACAGUAGCGAAAGUUAGCGCUGGCUUUGGGAAUGGUGUGCCAGUGAUUACUACCGCAGGCAUGACAUCUAUGUUGGGAGCUCAAAAGACAUACCCAUUCUUGACACGUAUGCAGGGCAGUUAUCGACAAAUGGCUGAUAGUAUCUACAAAUUGAUAGCAUAUAAAGGUGAAGAGAAGAUAGCCAAGUCGCAUUCUGCAAUCGGCUAUCAGAACUUGAUUUUUAUGUAUCAUGACAAACGACGAGCCAUCAAUCGACCGCAGGUGUCCACUGGUGAGCAAGUGGGCGAAGAUCUAUCAAGUCACUGCUACUUUUCGUUAUAUGCUAUCAAGAUGUUCUUCACCGAGAAGAGCCUUUUCUUCAAGGAGGCAUGGAAAAUCCAGACACCAUCACUGGCAUUCGACGAGGAGAUUCAGCGAACUACUGAAGAAGUUAAGAGCUGGCUGAAAAUUGUUUCCGAGUUAGCAAAUGGUAUGUUUAAUUGA